AUGAUCUUUGUGAUCUAGGUUUAUAAAAAAUCAGUAAUCCCAAUCAAAUCUAGUAAUUGUCGUGUAGCUAAUUUUGUGAAAUUUGUUUAUUCGGAUAAUGUAAGAAAUGUAUAGCUAAUCUUUUUCUGUUAAAAAAUGAAUGUAUUUCUAAAAUCUCAAAAGGAAUACUUGUAUUUGAAGAUGGAAUUCAUUAAAAUCGAAUAGAGAUUGGUUGCUAUAAAUGUAAUAAUAGUUGUCAAAUUUAAUGCCUUUAAUGUUUGAAUUCUUAUUGUAUCUAAUGUAUUAAUGGUUGGUCUCUUAAUGAUGGAAUUUGCAUUUAAAAUUGUGGAGAUAAUUAAGUGGCUGUAAUUUCUCAAGAGGAAUGUGAUUCUAAUUAAGAUGAGUGUAUAAAUUGUAAGUUUGUUUGUCCUGACAAUUGCGAAUUUUGCAUAAAUUCUUAAGAAUGUUUGAUUUGCUAUGAACCCUAUAUUAAGAUAAAUAAUGAAUGUUAAUAAGCUUGUUUGGUUGGAUGUAAGAAAUGUAUUAAUGGUAUUUGUUAUGAUAAUUGCCCAAAUGGUGAAUUAAAUAUUGAUGGAAUUUGCUAUUCAAUUUGUGGAGAUGGUAUAUAAUAGUAAAAAGAAUAAUGUGAUGAUGGUAAUAAUAUUUAAUUUGAUGGAUGCUAUAAAUGUGAAUAUUCAUGUCCAAUCUAUUGUAAAAAUUGUUUUCAAGGAAUUUGUUAUGAAUGUUAACCACACUUUUUACUGAUUGAUAAUAAAUGUUAUGAUGACUGUGGCAGUGGAAUAAAAGCUUAUGAAGAAGAAUGUGAUGAUGGUAAUAUUAUUGAUCUUGAUGGUUGUACUUCUACCUGUAAAAUUGAACUUGAAUAUAAAUGUUAAGAAAUCUCUUUUAGUUAUUCUGAUUGUUAAUAUUCUCCCUCUCCUUACAUGCUAGUCAAAUUCUUAAACUAAACUUAUAAUAAGUAUUAUCUUGAAAUUACAUUCUCUUAAGCCAUCUAUUUCAAUAAGAGUUAUAUUUUAUCAACUCUAUUUAAUUUUAGUAUUGAUUCAAUAUCCACUUCAGAUUAUUCAAUCAAAUUACAAUCCAACUAAUAAUCAGUAAUCAAUUAAAUUCUACACUUUUAAUUUAAAGUUCAAAUUAAAUUAUUAACUUCUACAAAUAGUAGCAUUGUUAAUCUGAAUAUUCAACUUAAUAAUUAAGCAUUUAAUUAAGAAGAUAUCAAAUUACUCAAUCCUAAACAAUCAAUAUUUCUAAAGUAAUUUGUCUCUAUGAGCGAAUCUGAUUUACAUAAGACUAAAUAACUCACUUAAUCAUAACAAGUUAUGAUCAUAGCUUAGGGAAUUUGUGGGGUUAUUGUUUUAAUUUCUGGCAAUUUUCAAAUCUUUGUUGAAAUUUUAGAUAAUCUCUAAUACUAAUCAUACUUAAAAUAUAUCAAUAUCAUUUAUCCUGAAAAUCUUUAUAUUUUUUUUGAAUCUACUAAUUUUAUAAGUAUUAUACCAAUUUUAAAUUAUCUCAACAUCAAUCAAUUUUAUUCAUAAUUAUUGUUUUCAGACUUUAUUGAGUCUUAUGCUAAAUUAAAAUUUUACAAUUUAAAUGCUCAUUUAUUAAAUAAUUUGGAAUUUUUUUUUAUUUAGGUUAUAUCAACUUUUUUAUUUGUUAUUCUAUUGAAAUUUAUUUGUUACAUCACUUUUAAAGUAAUUUAUAAAAUUUAAACCUAACAUUUGCUAGUUUUAAAGCUCAGAAGUUUCAAAUCUAAACUAAUGAUAAUAUCACUUAAUUGGAUAUAUAAUUUUUUUCAUCAGAUCUAAAUUUUUAUCUAUUAAUUUUAUUAAGAUGGUUUGAUAGAUUUAUUGUUAGCUAAUGCCUGGGAUUUACUAUUUAAAGCAUUUUUAUAAUUAGAGUCCUCAUCAUAUUUGGAGGUUAUUUCCAUAAUAUAAAUAGCAUUAUGUUAUAUUAUUUUGGCUUCCUCAGCAAUAUUUAUAAUCUAUUUCUUUAAGCAGGUCUACUCAAGAAAAGAAUAUCAAUUAAAUUAUAAAUACAAAGCUGUCUAUGUGCUUAAACAGUUUUUAUUUUGUUAUUUCUUAAUAUGUUUUCAAAAUAAUUAAUUGAUUUAAUUAUUGAUGUUAACAACAACAAAUAUGAUUUACUUAAUAAUGUUAAUUUUUGUAGACUUUAAUUUAAAAAAAUUAGAUAAAGUACAAUUUAUCAUCUUAGAAAUUUCAAUAAUUUCAUUUACUUUUUCCUCGCUAUUUUAUUUAGAGGACUACAGUUAUUUAAUUAAUGAAGAAAAUAAAAUCCUUUUAGGUUUUUCUUAAAUUUAUUUGUUGAUUUCAGGUUUGCUGGCAAUUUUCAUUAAAUAGAUCAUAAUGAUUUAUUAAUAAAUUAAAAAAAGAUGUCUUAAAAAGAAGAAAAAAAGGACAGCUUACAAAAAGGCAACACAUUUAAUUUUUGAAGCGGUUAUGUGA